AUUUUUGCAACUUCCCCUUACUCUUCUGUACUUUACAUUUGCACCAUACGUCCUAUCCUUCUUUGCCCACCCCUCUUCGUCUCUCUUUUGUUUUGUUUUGCAAGAGGUCGGGAGACUGCGAGUGUCCACGGCUGGAUUGAGAGAUUUGCACUUCGGCGAGAGACCGAGAAAGCCCCAAGAAACGCAUCCUUAAUAUCCGGGAUCCAACUACGUACUACUCCUACUUCUUCUCCUCCGCCAACACCUGUCGUUACCUUGCCCACCACUCCCACCGACGACCCCCGAACCCGGAAGCCGUGAACAACGAGCCAUCUGCUACACGCACGCAAACAAGGAUUGGGCUGCGUUUUGUUCAUACGAGGGUAGUGGCUGCUUCUCGACAUCUCCCUACCGACCGACCGACCUCCUUCUCUUCGCACACUCGUUCAGCUCUUCAGCAUUUUGCCCUUUUCACUCUUUUUCCUCCCCCUCACAUACCUCUCUUUUUACAUCCUCUCCUUGCGUAUCUAUCUACCACUGUCUUUCCCCCCUCGUUCCCCUUUAUUUACCGUACUGAACCUCCUUUGAAAUUUGCUGGCUUCGCCAACGACCACUCUCUAUCCGACCCAUCUACAUAUGACCCUCGAUUACAUAGCUCCCCUGGAGCAGCUGCAGGUGUUCUUCUACACGAAAGCCUUGUAGCCCCCGAAUCGACCCCGAUCUCGUGUCCAUAAGUCGAUAUCUUCUUCGAAACACUCACUGUUCCUCCCAACUGUUGCUGUACACACCAAGAACCCGAGCCAUCAUGGCGGAAACCGCGAGCAAUGCCGAUUCGAGCCAGCAGAAACUGGCCGCCCCCAAGGACAAGAACUGUCCCUACUGUGGCCAAGCCUUCACUUCUUCCUCCCUCGGCCGGCACCUCGAUCUCUAUAUCAAGGAAAAGAACCCGAAGCCUCCAGAUGGAAUCCACGACGUUGACGCCAUCAAGCGUCUGCGAGGAAGCAUCACGCGGAGACAGCCUAGGGGUUCGUUGGGCACGAGGAACGCCUCAACCCCGGCCAGCACACCAAGGCCUACCCAGUCCAAGCGGGACGCCACGCAAGAUGCCGAAUCUCACCAGUCUCCAUCCCUGCCCAAAGAUGGCCAAUAUGCCGUUGACUCGACGCUCAGCAAGUAUCCCUGGACCCCUUCCUGGGAAGCCACAGGCGUCAUAAACAACAUCCCCCCUAAAAACGGCGAUGUUGCUACAUCUACCGAUGGGGAGGGAAGCCAGAAUGCGGGAAAGAGGCCGAGGCAAGUGAGCAAGCAGGUGAUGCAAAAGGCACAGUUCGAUGUGAAGCACAAACUCGCCGAUGCUAUGGACACCGCCCGCGCCGCGGAGCUCGCUUUGAGAGAGCUCUUGAGCUCUUGGAGAGCAGCCAAGCAACACAUUGACAAUAACUCCAUGCCUUUUGAGUUUGACCCUCUCGCCCUCGACUUCCCCGCAUUGACGCUGCAGUGUCUCGCCUCGCCGCCCACUCUCUUCUCUUCCACACAGCAUCCCACCUCCACCUCUUGGUCUGUCCAAUCACCCGGCCAAAGAGAGUACGAUGCGCUGAAGGUUUUCUUCCAUGAAGAGUUCAGCAAUUGGAAGGUCACUUGUGCCACUGCUACCACGGCGGCAAUGGAAGAUUUAACAUAUCCCCCCCGUGAGGGCCCGGUCCGAGACACCCGCGAGGCUGUGAAGAAAGCUGAAAAGUCGGCGGAAACUCUCGAGAAACAAGUCAAUGAGCAUCUGCAGUCAGCCUUUGCUGUUUGGACCUCCCUGCCCGUUCAGAGACGAAAUGAGCUAUGGCUCUUGGAAAUGGCAAGAAGCGUGGGUAGGAAGCAGACCGAGAUUGACAAGAUGAAGGACGAUCAACACAGGCUGCAGCAAGAGAACGCCAACCUGAAGUCUCAAAUUGACCAGCUGAACCGUCUGCAACAACCCCGCGAGUUCAAACUCUUCUCUCCAGCCACGGUUCCCUUGGAGCGUCAACUUCUGACCCAUGUCUUGGAGGCAGGCAUCAAGAGCGGUGGCCGAGGCGUCGGCUUGCGGUUGGAGGACCGACAAUUAGAUCUUAAUGAUGUUGUUGUGAGGGCAAUCGAACGGUGGAAGACAGUUAUCAGCAUGAACCGUGUUGCCAACAGUGGCAUGAAUGCUCAGAGGGCUCUGGACCAAACAAACAGCAACACAUCGACGCCGGCUCCGACUCAACAACAGCAGCAGCAGCAGCAGCAGCAGCAACAAGAGAACCAACAGAGUCAACAACGCCAGCAGCAGCAGCAGCAGCAGCAGCAGCAGCAGCAGCAUCAACAACAACAACAAGCGCAGUCGUCGCAACAACAGCUUCAACAGCAACAAGCGCAACAGUUUCCCAGCCCCAAUCAACGACAAUCAACAACGAGUAUCACUGGCAAUAGCGACCCGGGCGCAACAACCAGCGGUCCGCCUUCAAUCGACGAUGCGAGCGACCAGGAUGCUGAUGGGGAUGCCGAUGGAGACGCCGACGCCGACGCUGAGAUGGAGGAUGAUGACAGUUUUGCCGUAAUGGACACGCCCACCACAAAAUCCAUGCCGCAGCAGUCAAUGCAGCGACAGGCCACUCUCGAGGUGCCGCGGACGAGGCAGGUACAGCAGAGGGGUGCGAGUGAUGCGCGGUUCAUGAUGCAGAACGGCAAUCCGAAUGCGAACCGAGGUGGAAUCAACAUGAGCCGGUCAAUGCCGAACAUGCAAGCAGCGAUGCAGGGCAUGCAUGGUGGCGAUAUGGGAUUGGCUAUGACCCAGGUGAGAGGCGAUCCAAUGUACAUGGAUUAAAGAUUCCAUCGAUUCGGGUGUGAGUGAUGUGGGUUUACAAUUCUGAACUGGAGGGCAAAAUAGCGCUGCGGCAUUCUCCUUCACACCGCGGCUUGUUAUCAGGGCAAUAGCCCAUUGUAUCACCUUACUUUAAACAGUUGCAUCUCUGAGGCACAUAAUACGCAGGCAAAGCGUCGCCCGGAACGAUAACGCUAGUCUCUUUUUCUUUCUUUUUUUCUUCUUCUUUUUUUUCUUUUUUUUUGGUGUCUUAGCAUAAAUCACCUGUCGGAUGAAACGGGGACUAACCUAUCACCACUCCUGGUUUCCUUCGAAGCACGUGAAUUGCUGAACUUGUGCAGCGAACCCUCCUUCCUUCUCUCUC